AGUAUCGAGGAGAGAAAAUGCCUGAACCCGCCAAGUCCGCGCCCAAGAAGGGCUCCAAGAAAGCCGUGACCAAGACCGCCGGCAAGGGCGGCAAGAAGAAGAGAAAGACCAGGAAGGAGAGCUACGCCAUCUACGUGUACAAGGUGCUGAAGCAGGUCCACCCCGACACCGGGAUCUCCUCCAAAGCCAUGAGCAUCAUGAACUCGUUUGUCAACGACAUCUUUGAGCGCAUCGCAGCCGAGGCAUCUCGCCUGGCCCACUACAACAAGCGCUCCACCAUCACUUCCAGGGAGAUCCAGACCGCAGUGCGCCUCCUACUCCCCGGUGAGCUGGCCAAGCACGCCGUGUCUGAGGGCACAAAGGCCGUCACCAAGUACACGAGCUCAAAGUAAACUGACUGCAUCUCAUACGUCAACACAACGGCUCUUUUCAGAGCCACACACGUCAUACUGACGAGCAGAAUUCCAACUGUUAAACAUGCAGCUCACUAUGUUACAACUACUGUAAUCGCGGAUGUGCACCUUUGUGUCACUGGGUGCUAUCAAUCCGCUGUACCGACCCCCAGUCAACAGAAAUGUGUUCCGGUUUUUACUUUGUAGUCACUUUGUCUUUCUACGAACACAA